AUGCCAGACACCGACGUGAAGGAAGAAAUUGAGCUGACCUGGUUAAAUCUGGUGCUUCAGAGGAACAGCCGCUUUCAACCCCCCGCACCCCGGCCGGGGCUGCGGUCACCGCUCCUUUGGCUUUGGGGACUUGCAGGCCGCUCCCGGGCGGGAGCGCGAAGUUCGAGGCUACGGGUUUCUGGAAGACCAGAAGCAACUCAAAUCUGUGAACUGUCUGAGAACUCUGAUAAAUCAAGUGCAGAAAGCGAUUCGGAGACUGAAGUGGAACAGGUCUCUGUGUAUCGUAAGCUUCUGGCUACCCUGAAGACCUCUCCUGAGUCUGAGAGUGAGGAAGAGGAAGAUGAAAGUGAGCCAGAAGAACCUGGGGAAAGUGAGACAGAAAUGGACAGAGAAGGGUCCCAGGACAGCGGAGAAGGAGAGGGGGGUGAAGAGGAUAAGAAUGGUGUACCAGAGCAGGAACAAGCUACAGACACAGCAGAGCAGACGCUUGACCAGGAGCAGGCUGAUGGCGCAGAUACCUCUUGUGACCCAAGUCAUGGAGUAAUUGAGGAGUUUACUGAUGUGAAACAUGAAUCUGAAUUUAGCUUGGAAACCAAUUUCAUGGAAGAGGAGAGUGGAGAUUGCAAUGCAGAUAAGAGAGACAGCAAUUCUUCACAAGCUUCUUCAGAAGAUCCAUUUAAACAGCACAUGGACAAAGAACUUGAAGAAAAAGAAGUAGAAAAACUGUCUACACUUCCUAAAACUUCGACUCAGAGCAAGUGGGCAAGGCUAGGCCAACUAACUUUUUCUUCCACUGUGGAGACAAAUAAAACAUUGAAAGCAGACAAAGAAGUUGCUGCGAAACAGCUUUAUCUUCACAAGCCUUUAGAAUCCACUUGGCCGAAAGUGAAUAAACAAUUUCUCUCCUCGGUGAACAAACCAAGCGAUCCCUCUUUCACCCCAUUACAAAGAGAGCUAUUCUGUAUCAUGAAUACAUACCGGGACUUGUUCUAUCCAGAAAGAAGUGCUUUAACAAAUGGAGAAGAAAUCCGGCAUGCUUACUGCUUGCACGCCUUGAACCAUGUUCUGAAGGCAAAUGCCCAGGUGCUCAGCAACAAUGCCAAACGGAGAGACCAAAAGCCAGGGACUGACAGCGAGGACUACAGGGAUCAGGGGCUCACUAGGCCUAAGGUACUGAUGAUAGUGCCCUUCAGGGAAUGUGCUUUGCGAAUUGUGCAUAUUUUAAUCAGUCUUCUUGAAGUCAAUGACAAAAGAAAAAUAGAUGUGAGUAAUAAAAAGCGCUUCAAAGGGGAGUUUGGCUCUGACCCGGAAGAGAAGCCUCCCAACCUGAAAAGACCUGAAGAUUAUGAAGCCGUCUUUGCUGGCAACAUUGAUGACCACUUCAGAAUUGGGGUUGCAAUUCUUCAGAAGAGUAUGAGACUUUAUGCACCAUUUUACUCAUCAGAUAUCAUCAUUGCCUCUCCCCUGGGUAUGAGGACUAUUAUUGGUGCAGAGGGGGAGAAGAAGAGAGAUUUUGAUUUUCUGUCAUCAAUAGAAAUUCUCAUCAUUGAUCAAGCAGAUAUUUACCUGAUGCAGAACUGGGAACACGUUCUGCACCUGAUGAAGCACAUUAACCUGCUGCCUCUGGAUUCCCAUGGGGUAGACUUUUCCCGAGUGCGAAUGCUGAAUCUCAAUAACUGGUCCAAGUACUAUCGCCAGACACUGCUGUUCAGUGCUCUCCAGGAUCCCCACAUUAACUCUGUCUUCAACAAACACUGCUUCAAUUACGUGGGGCAGGUGGCUGUCCGCAACGUACCGCUCAGUGGCUCCAUUAGCCACGUUAUGGUCCAGCUUCCUCAUGUUUUUCGGAGGCUAGAAGCUGAAAAUUUAACUUCUGUAGUAGAUACAAGGUUUCAGUUUUUCAUCGACAAAGUUUUGCCUGAGUACCGUGAUGCCAUCAUGUCACACACGCUCAUUUAUGUUCCAUCGUAUUUUGACUAUGUGCGGCUUCGAAACUACUUCAAGAAAGAGCAGCUGAAUUUUACUUACAUUUGUGAAUACACUAAGAAGGCUGCUGUCUGCAGAGCAAGACGGUUCUUUCUCAAGGGAGAGAAGCAGUUUUUAUUGUUCACUGAGCGCUUCCACUUUUACAAAAGGUAUACGAUAAAAGGCAUUAGGAACCUCAUUUUCUAUGAGUUACCAACGUACUCCCACUUCUACAGUGAGAUUUGUAAUAUGUUGAAGGCCACAGACAGUGGUGUGGAUGCUACCUGGACCUGUACUGUGCUCUACUCCAAGUAUGAUGCUCAGAAAUUGGCCGCAGUGGUUGGCAUAGAUCGCACAGCUCAGAUGCUACAGUCCAAGAAGAACGUGCACCUCUUUGUUACAGGAGAAAAUGAAUAAGUGAUAUUGCAGACUAGAUGAUUGGAUGGACCUGGAUUUUAUUCCUAAUGCACCUUUUGAUGUUGCUUUUUUAAAAUGUAUUAAAUUUUUUACUCCCUUUUACUAAGUAUUCUGUUGAAAUUGUUCAUAUGGUAUUAAAUUUUAUAUUUCAGUACUCUGCCCAACAAGAAACAGAAGAUGUUAUUCAAGAAAGCAGAGGUUGGGGGUGUCUUCUAUACAGAAACAAAAUCAAUCCGCAACUGUUAUUCUUGUGUAUUGAAAAACUCACUGGUCAGUAAAGAUUUAUGCUGUGAUAAAUAA